UCGGUGUGUGGCAAUGGCAAUGGCGCGGGAGUGCGGGGGCGGCUCCUCCUCCAUUCUUGCAUUGCAUCCCAUGACCACCCCCUCCUCCCCACACCCGCUGCUAAAAAAAGUAAGGGAGCUCCACAACCAGAGCGAGCCCAAGGAAAUCUCGCCACCACCACCACCACCGCGUUGCUGUCGACGGACGGCAAUGCUCGCUCGCCGUGGAUUCGACCCUGCUCCGUAGGAUUUCAUUCAUUCCCCCCCAUUCUCCGUCGCCGUCGCCGUCGCCUGCAAGAGGGCCCGGUGCGGUGGUGGUGCGGCCGCCGUUCGACCGGCACCGCUCGCAUUCGGCCUGCCGCCGCGGGACGGAGUUGAUGCGGCCGGCCUCCCUCUGAUCUCUUCUCAUCAUCGCCCCGCCGCCGUCGCCCAACAAUGGCGUCCAAAACCAAAAGCCGCUUUGUCGUCGGCUCUCAUGUCUGGAUCGAAGAUGCAGACGAGGCAUGGAUGGAUGGCCAGGUGGAGGAGGUCAACGGGGAGGACCUUGUCAUAAACUGCACCAAUGGAAAGAAGGCCACCGUUAAUCUCUCGACUGCCUUUCCCAAGGACACGGAAUCCCCGCGUGGUGGUGUUGAGGAUAUGACCAGGCUCGCCUAUCUGCACGAACCAGGAGUGCUCCAGAACCUCAAGUCCAGAUAUGCCCUCAAUGAGAUAUACACUUACACUGGGAAUAUUUUGAUAGCUGUGAAUCCAUUUCAAAGACUCCCCCACCUCUAUAACAACCACAUGAUGGGAAUUUACAAAGGAGCAGAAUUCGGUGAGCUGAGUCCCCAUCCAUUUGCUAUCACCGACCGUGCGUAUAGACUUAUGAUCAACGAUCGUAUCAGCCAAGCAAUAUUAGUGAGUGGAGAGAGUGGAGCUGGCAAGACAGAAAGCACUAAAAGUCUUAUGCAGUAUCUUGCUUUUAUGGGUGGUAAAGCUAAAGCUGAAGGAAGGUCAGUGCAAGAACAGAUCCUAGAGUCCAACCCUGUUCUUGAGGCAUUCGGCAAUGCAAAAACAGUUAGGAAUAAUAACUCAAGUCGGUUUGGCAAAUUCGUUGAGAUUCAGUUUGACCAGUAUGGGAAGAUUUCAGGAGCCGCCAUAAGGACUUAUCUUCUGGAAAGGUCACGUGUUUGUCAAAUAUCUGACCCAGAAAGGAACUAUCACUGCUUUUACAUGCUGUGCGCUUCACCACCAGAAGACCGUGACAAAUUUAAAGUGGGAGAGGCUAAAACAUUUCACUAUCUCAACCAGUCUAAUUGCAUUGAUCUUAAUGGAUUUGAUGACUCCAAAGAGUAUAUCGAAACCAGAAGAGCUAUGGGUAUUGUAGGUAUGAGUAAUGAUGAACAGGAUGCAAUAUUCAAAGUUGUAGCUGCUAUUCUCCAUUUGGGGAAUAUAGAGUUUGGAGAAGGAAGUGAACCAGAUUCCUCUGCACCCAAAGAUGAUAAAUCUAAGUUCCAUCUUAAGACAGCAGCUGAGCUUUUCAUGUGCGAUGCAAAGGGUCUUGAGGAAUCUUUGUGCAAGCGUGUUAUGGCAACACGUGGAGAGAGUAUUACAAAAAAUUUAGAUGCAAAGGGUGCAGCUCUUAGCAGAGAUGCAUUGUCUAGGAUUGUUUACUCGCGCUUGUUUGAUUGGCUUGUAAAUAAAAUCAAUAGCUCCAUUGGUCAAGACCCAGAUUCAAAGAUUUUGAUUGGUGUGCUGGACAUAUAUGGCUUUGAGAGUUUCAAGACAAACAGCUUUGAGCAAUUUUGUAUCAAUCUAACUAAUGAGAAGCUCCAGCAACAUUUUAAUCAGCAUGUUUUUAAGAUGGAACAAGAGGAAUAUACAAAGGAAGAAAUUGACUGGAGUUACAUCCAGUUUGUGGACAACCAAGAAAUUCUUGAUCUCAUUGAAAAGAAACCAGGGGGGAUAAUUGCUCUGUUGGAUGAGACAUGCAUGUUACGGAAUUCAACGCAUGAAACAUUUGCUGAGAAGCUAUAUCAAAAGUACAAGGACAACCCGCACUUCAGUAAACCCAAAUUUUCAAGAUCUGAUUUCACUGUCCAUCAUUAUGCUGGAAAUGUCACUUAUCAAACAGAUCUUUUCUUAGAUAAAAACAUAGAUUAUGCUGUAAAUGAACAUCAAAUCCUAUUGAAUGCUUCAAAAUGUCCAUUUGUUUCAAGCCUUUUUCCACCUGUUGAAGAAGCAGCAAAGAACACAAAGUUUACUUCAAUAGGCUCAAGUUUCAAGCAACAACUACAAUCGCUGUUAGAAACGCUGAGUGCAACAGAACCACACUACAUCCGCUGCAUAAAACCUAACAAUGUUCUCAAGCCAGCGAUAUUUGAGAACAGUAACGUUCUCCAGCAGCUUCGCUGUGGGGGUGUUUUAGAGGCAAUAAGGAUAAGCUGUCUAGGAUACCCCACUAGGCGAACCUUCUAUGAAUUUGUCAAUCGAUUUGGUAUUCUGCACCCCAAAGCUCUGAGUAAAGGUAAUACUGAAAUUACUUCUACGAAGAUGAUUCUCGAGAAAGCUAACCUUGUAGGCUAUCAGAUAGGGAAAACAAAAGUUUUUCUCCGUGCUGGUCAAAUGGCUGAGUUAGAUGCUCUAAGAACUGAGGUUUUGGGACUUUCUGCUAAAAAAAUACAAACCAAAGUUCGUUCAUUUCUGUGUCGCAAGAAGUACGUCGAGCUGCGAACAUGUGCUACACAGCUCGAGGCAGUAUGCAGGGGAACACUUGCUAGAAGGUUAUAUGAAAAUCUUCGAAGACAGGCAGGUGCUUUGCGAAUUCAGACGCGCUACCGUAUGCGCCAAGAAAGAAAUAAAUUUAGAGAUCUGUGGUCCGCAUCAACUACUAUCCAAUGUGGUCUGCGUGGUAUGGCUGCUCGCAAGAAACUCCGUUUUUGCCGACAAACAAAAGCUGCAGUGAUUAUUCAGACUCGAUGCCGCUGUCAUUUAGCACGCUCAAGGUAUGUGAAGAUGUUGAAGGCUACACUCGCCACUCAGUGUCGUUGGAGAGGAAGAAUAGCCAGAAAAGAACUUCGACAACUCAAAAUGGCUGCAAAGGAAACUGGCGCCCUACAGGCUGCCAAGAGUAAACUAGAGAAAGAAGUCGAGGAGCUUACUUGGCGGUUACAAGUGGAGAAACGCAUCAGGUCUGAUUUGGAAGAAGCCAAGGAAGCCAAGAUUCAAGAAAAUAAGAAGCUCCAAUCACAAUUGCAGGAAUUGCAACAGCAAUUCAAGGAAACAAAAGAAUUGUUAAAGAAGGAACAGGAAACUUCCAAGGCAGCAUCAGAGAAAGCAGAGAAAGUUACUCUAGUGCCAGAGAUCCGUGUUGAUGAAACUCAAGUUAAUGAGCUCACUGCCGAAAACGAGAAGCUCACUGCUGAAAAUGAGAAGCUCAAGACACUGGUGAGCUCUCUUGAGACAAAAAUAGAGGAAACGGAAGAGAGGUUUAAAGAUCAAGACCAAGUCAGAGAAGAGUCUCUGAAGAAAGCUACAGAGGCAGAGUCACAGCUAAAUCAACUAAAGAAUGCAUUUUUAAGCCUUCGAGAGAAGUUGGCUAGUGCAGAAGCAGAGAUCAUUAAUCUCCGACAACAUGCUGCGAGACCAAGACCUGAUCCUUUGCUUAACAUGCAUAAAAAAUCUAAUUUGAGUGUACCUGCAGACGAACAACAGUCACCACCCACACCUAUGGAAUUCGGACGGAGAUCUUUAAUUGAGAGACACCAAGAGAGUGUUGAAGCACUGAUUAACUGUGUUAAUGAAAACAUUGGAUUUAGCGAGGGAAAACCAGUUGCUGCAAUAACCAUAUACAAAUGUCUUCUUCAUUGGAGAACUUUCGAGGCGGAAAAAACUAAUAUUUUUGAUCGACUUAUUCAGAUAUUUAGUUCAGCCAUGCAGAAACAAGACAGUAACGCCGAUCUUGCAUACUGGCUAUCAAAUGCAUCAUCAUUGUUGAUUAUACUGCAAAAGAGUCUGAAACCUGCUGGCACUGUAACAACACCACUGAAAAGAACGACGACUCAGACGUCUUUUCUUGGGAGGAUGGUAUUUCGUGCUUCAAGCAUUACUGUUGAUAUGGAUCUUGUGCGCCAAGUUGAGGGCAAGUAUCCUGCAUUCCUUUUCAAGCAACAGCUUACAGCCUUUGUGGAAGGCCUAUAUGGAAUGAUCCGUGACAAUGUGAAGAGAGAAGUGUCUUCAGUACUCUCGCAUGUUAUUCAGGUUACCCCAUCUAUCACGGGUCCUCAGGCGCCAAGAACUGCGAAGGCUGGUUUGCUAACAGAUCAACAUAGCUAUUGGAAAGCGAUAGUCGGCCAUUUCAAUGAUCUCCUGAAAAUCUUGCAAGAAAAUUGUGUCCCAACCAUUUUUUGUCGGAAGAUCUUUACACAGCUUUAUGCAUACAUCAACGCUCAACUCUUCAAUAGUCUUCUUGUACGGCGAGAGUGCUGUUCUUUCAGCAAUGGAGAAUAUGUGAAACAAGGGAUUGAAGAACUGGAGGCAUGGUGCACACAAGCCAAGCCAGAGUACGCAGGAUCUGCAUGGGAUGAACUUAAGCACAUAAGCCAGGCUGUUGGCUUCCUUGUCAUUUUCAAAAAGUUCAGGGUAUCAUAUGAUGAAAUAAUGAGUGAUCUCUGCCCAGUAUUGAGUGUCCACCAACUUUACAGGAUAUGCACACAGUACUGGGAUGACAAAUAUAAUACUGAAAGUGUAUCCGAAGAGGUCCUUAAUGAGAUGAAAACGUUGGUGAACGAGGGAGCUGGCUCGGGCGCCUAUUUACUAGACGAAGAGACAAGCAUGCCGUUGUCUCUCGAGGAGAUAGGCAACUCCAUGGACACCAAGGAGUUCCAGAACGUGGUCCCGCCGCAAGAGCUCCUGGAAAAUGCGUCGUUCCAGUUCUUGAAGAGCUGAAUGGGUUCCGCGCGAGGGCAGAAGACGGUAGCCUCCGGAGGAUAGAAUGUUGUAAAUUUGUCAGUUGAUAUAGGUUUUUCUCUUCCUUUCUGCUCCCCCGGUCGGGCCUUGUAGAUUAUUCCAUUUUCAUAGUCAUAGGUUGGUUGGUGUAAAGAUGUCAUAGCUUUUUGUUUUUGUUUUUGUUUUGUUUAUGGCUGCCGGCUGGGUUGGGAAGAGAGCACAGGGCAGGCAGGAGGUCAUUCACAUCUAUUCUCGAUUCUUUUUUUCUAGUCACGGUAGAUAUAUCUUAUAUGUAUGUAGCAGUAUCCAAAAAUAUCCAUUCUGUGUAGCCAAUGUAUAGUUAUAUAUACAUUAGUAUCAAUGAGAAUGACAAUUGUGGGGCUUGAUGUAA